GGCAGCAGCGGGCUAACAGCUCCUCUCUCUCAGUCAGGAAUGAGCUCUUGUCGGGGAUGGCGGAUAAACCUCUAACGGUGUUCGUGAAGCUGUUCGCCGCCGGUUUCUACGGUUUGAGCUCGUUUCUCAUCGUCGUGGUGAACAAGAGCGUGCUCACCAACUACAGGUUCCCCUCUUCAAUAUGUGUGGGCAUUGGACAGAUGUUGGCCACAGUGGUCGUGCUGUGGGUGGGCAAGGCUGCAAGGGUGAUCAGCUUCCCAGACUGUGAUGAGAGCAUACCUCGAAAGACGUUCCCUCUACCUCUCCUCUAUGUGGGAAAUCAAAUCACUGGUCUGUUUGGGACAAAGAGGCUGAAUCUGCCCAUGUUUACAGUCCUCAGGAGGUUCUCCAUCCUCUUCACAAUGCUGGCUGAAGGAUUCCUGCUCAAGAAGAAGUUCUCUCGGCCGGUGCAGCUGACAGUGUUUACGAUGAUCCUCGGGGCGUUCAUAGCUGCCAGUGCUGACUUAUCCUUUGACCUGCAAGGCUACGUGUUCAUCCUCAUGAACGAUGUCCUGACUGCUGCAAACGGAGCAUAUGUGAAACAAAAAUUAGAUGCAAAGGAGCUGGGCAAAUAUGGAUUGUUGUAUUAUAAUGCAUUAUUUAUGAUCCUUCCUACUCUGCUGCUGGCUCAUGCAACCGGAGAUGUGCAGAAGGCGGUGGAGUAUGAGGGUUGGUCUGACAUGUUUUUCCUCGCACAGUUCAUCCUCUCAUGUAUCAUGGGGUUUGUGCUCAUGUACUCCACUGUGUUAUGUACACAGUACAACUCUGCUCUGACCACCACCAUCGUCGGCUGCAUCAAGAACGUGUUGGUGACAUACAUCGGGAUGGUGUUCAGUGGAGACUACAUCUUCUCCUGGACCAACUUCAUAGGGUUAAAUAUCAGUAUUGCAGGCAGCCUUGUGUACUCGUACAUCACGCUGACAGAGGAGCAGACCAACAAAGCGAGCGAGACCACGAAGAUGGACAUCAAGGGGAAGGUGGUCGUAUGACAGACACACUGGAUGUUAUUAUUUUCACUCUGACAAACACAAAAACUGUAUUUUAAAGUUUAUUUAUGGAGUAUUUUAGCAGAACCUGAUGGGAGCAGUGCCUCGGUCUGCCGUCACUCCACCUCCCCUGCUGCUGCCAUGGUAACAAACCCUCCAGAGGGAUUGUGGGUCCGUGUUUUCGUUUUGAAUACUUGUGUUUUGAUACUGUACAUGAGGGAGUAUUUAUAUGACAUUUCCUGACUGUGUAAAAUGUUGGGACAAUGUAACAGACAGCUGGAAUCAUCAGUGUGUAUGUUUGUGAUGAGGGAGGAUGGUGUAAAGGUUCAUUUAAAGGCACAGUCCGUAUUUUUCUGCCUUUUCUGGUUUGCUGUUUACAGGGAAUGUAACUUUAGAUGCCUUUAAAGCACAGAGAUGCACUGACACGCUCAUUAACUGUCGUUUCAGUUCGUUUCUUUAUGUUUUUCAUGCACACUGUAAAAAGUUUGUGACUUACUGAAGGGCUGGGCGAUAUGGACCAAAAAUCACAUCAGUAGUUUUAAUCUGCUCCCAUUGAUUACAAUGGUGUUCAAAAUUUCAAAGUCCGAGAAAAACCGAACGGGUGCGCGGAUCAUCCCCAAAAUCUAAUCAAUUCUCCCCUGUCACUAUCCCAACAAUCCUGGAAAGUUUGGUGAAGAUCCGACUUUGAGUUCUCGAGUUAUCUUGUACACAUACAAACAAACAAAGAUACAGAACCCUUUACAUAACUCCCUGCUGAUUUCAUCGGCGUGGGUAAUCAAACCAUAUUUAAACCUUGUUGACACCAUAGCAACAAAAACAGAAGUCCUGAACUUCAAAUACUGGGCAGUUUUUCAUUUUCAUCAUCAUAAAAUGGAGGUUUACUUCUGCAUGAUGUCUAAUUGUACAAAAAUAUCUUUCAUUUUCAUUUAUGGAAGUUGUUUUUUACCAUGUGCUUUAUAGUAAUCAUAGCUCUAUUAAUGAUUAGUGGCAGCAAGAGCAUUUCCACUCUGCAGUCCUGGUAGGUUCAGCUCAGUUUGGUAUGUUUUACCAGUCAAUGCAUUUGCGACACAAAAAGUUGUUAGGGUGCAAAAACAGCAUAUCCGGUAGUCCUGCUUCUUUGUCAGCCUUCUGCAGGUACCAGUGUUAAUUGUGGCAGCUAUUUUUAAUUUUAGUCUUAGUUUUAGUCUCAAGAUGGACUGUCUUUUAGUUUUAGUCACAUUUUAGUCCUUUUUAUCCUUUUAGGGUGUACUCACAUUAGGCCAUCUGUACCUUGCCGUAUUCUAACCAGGCUGAAGCCCAUUUGACCCCCUCACCUGUCCCCCCUUUGGCCCGCACUCACACUGCUCAACGCAUCCAGACCUGGGCACAGAUACGUCAUCACAUGAAGUAUCCACCGUUGAUGAAUUUGUACAUGUUGAUUACUCAGUAUAUGUAAAUGUUGUUUUUUAGGCUGUAAAAUAGCAACAGAUAUAUACGAUAUCUGAUCUGACACCGGAGUUAUUCCAGCUGACCUGGGAUCAGUAGCAUUAACUAUGGUGAGGAGAGAGGCCGAAAAAGCAGUUCAUAGAGGAGAAUUAUCGCUCACAGCAUAUAAUCUGGAGCCUGAUCAGAGUUCCAAGCACUUCUGCUGGAUGAAACCCGGACUUUUUAACUCGUAUGAGCCCCUACAGCCGCUCUUCUGCGUGUCAAUAUACUAUCUGAAUCCCAGUGGAAUUCUUUUACGUGCCAUGAGCUGAGCCUUUUCUCUUUGUUUGGAUGCCUUUCAGCGCUGCACCAAACAAGCUCUCAUGUCACAGGACAGCCUGUGUCCAGAGCAGGAUUAAAUAAUCAGAUAAAAGAUUUUUUUAACGGUGACGAGAACAGUUUUAACCAUCUGAUGAGAGCUGGAAGUGAAAACGCCUCAGAAUUAAUAAGCGGUGUUCCGUCCAAAAUUCAGUGAUCAAGACAACAGUUUCACUUCUUGGUGACAUGAAAUAGAAUUAGAGGUAAGUUAUUUCAGUGAAUGAUAGUUUGGCAUUAUAAUUUUAUAAUAAGAGAGGUUAAAUCAGCUGUGUGAUUAACCCGGCACACACUUGUCCGCGUAUUUAGCACUCUACGCACGGAGGAUGAAGGUGUUUGUUAUCCUGUGAGCUGCUGUUUGUGACUAAAACAAGGGAAGAAACUUUAUUUCACAAACCAAAAAUCCUCUCACAGUCAUUAAAGCCUGACUUUGCCAGAAACUGGUCAGAAAUGUGGACUGGACUAGGAUCCUGCUGUCUCUAGCAUGCAGCUGCUGCCUGGUGGGCUCUCUGAGGCGGGUCCUCUCGCUGUUACUUCACGCUACGUCACAUUCCCGCUCUUGUGCUCUUUCAUUUACAUUCGUGCCGUGCCUAGGCCCGCCUUGUCCAUCCGUGCCGGGGCUGCGAAGCAUGCCGUGCCGAAGCACGGAAUGAUUGCACUCACACUGGCCAAACGUACCAGACUUUAGGCUGAACCGGGCCCAGGCACGGUACGGAUGGCCUAGUGUGAGUACACCCUUAGUUUUAGGGCGCAUUCACACCAGAGCAGUUUGG